AUGGCUCAACAAGUGUGUCCCUUGUGUUCGGCGAACAUAGAAGGAGACGAUCCACACAUCUACAAACACUUCAAAUAUAAGCGAUUCGACUGUGGCGAUAAGGCGUGCACAUCGCUGUUCUAUACAGAGACGGAGCGAAAUGCUCACUGUUCAGAGACAAAGCAUAAGCGCUCUUUCCAGAAAACGGUUAAUCCGUACAUGGAGCAAAUGAUCGCGAUGAUUGUGGAGGAUGCGAAGGAAUUGGCGACGGAGGAUAUGGAGACGGUGUGCAAGAAUCGUUUUGAAGCUAUUAAGAAGAAAAAGAAGUCGGAUUUAUUCAAAAAGAGAGUCAUACCAACAGCUCCACCGUCUUCUGAAUCCGCGCCAGGAACGUCUGGGUCAUCGGCGACGUCUCCGUCCGAGACGCCAUCUGCAGCUAAAAAGAGAAACAAUGAGGAGGCAUCUACAUCUACACCAGCCACAAAGAGAACCAAGAGUGGAGCGGCUUCUUCUCCGGCGACGUCUUCCAAUAACUCUGCUCGCCGUUCUACCGACAAUCAACCGACUCCAUCUCCCACUUCCCAGCCAACAUCUUCUGCUCAAGAGGUCGUCGAUUCGACCACUACUGACACCACUCCACCGGUCCCGAAACAACCGAGAAAGAAGCGUGAUUCAGCAGCAGCAGGGAAUUCUUCGAAGGCUGAUGAGGACGCCGCUGCUUUGGAGAGAAUCGCCGGAGUCGGUGAUGACUAUUCAUCAGAUAAACGAGAGCUGGUGAAAGUCGCUUGCGAACAGUGCAAACAGGAAAUUCCCUACUUAUAUUUUCUUCGCAAACAACAUGUCAUCGUUUCUCAUUUGAAAACUAUUUCUGAGGAUGACGAGGACCACGAAGAAAUAUGUAAAGCAGAGAUGGAUAGAUGCUUCCCGGAUGGUCCAAACUCGAAACUUGCGUGUCAAGCGUGCAACGAUAACAAGGAUGUUUCCGCCAACAGACGUCGCGAGCACAUCGAGUAUAACCAUUAUUCAAUCCUUCCAGAGCUCAAAUGCCCACUUGAUGGCUGUGUCGAAGUGUACAAAAGACAAUGUGAUCUGGCUGGUCAUAUGAAAGCGAUGCACAACAAAAUGAGCAUGAGUAGAUGCAAAGAUAAGAAAUUUCAAGAGAGCAGAGCUCGUCGCAACAGAAUGAUCGACGAGUUGAAGAGAAGAUGUUUCCCGUGGUCGGAGGUGGAGGAAAACGCGAAAAUGAUUGCCAAAACUCUGCAAGCUCCAGAGAAACAUGCAUCAGGAUCACUGCAAGCCGACAUUCGUCUCGCGGAAGCCGGUAAAACCCGCCGCGCUCCACAAUAUCAAUAUGGUUCUGAUGAUUCCUCCUCCGACGACGACGACGGUGAAUCGACGCCAUCAGUCACCGCUGAUGCAGAUGAGUCAACAACAGACGAUCAACCUAUCAAUCAGGCGGACUUGGAGAUCAUAGAAGUCUUUUUUAACAAGGCAAUCAACAAUCAGAUCACUCGUCCUGUUCAAGUCAAACAAGAACCCGCUGAUGACGUUGCUGAAGGAGAUGUUUCGGGUGGUGUGGCACCGAGUGCUCCAAGUGCUCCGAGUGCUCCAACGUUUCGCGUAAAGCAAGAAGUAGUGGAGGAGGAGCCGAAACAGGAGGAGAUAUCUAGCAGGUAG